AUGGACGGUGAUGAUGAGGACGCCACCAAUGUCUCUGACCAACAGCAAGAAGAAGAAGAAGAAGCCGUGGAGGACGAAGAAGAAGAAGUAGAGGAGGAGGAAGAGGAGGAAUGCACUCUUCGACCGCCGCCACGCCGCGCCUUCGCCGACGGGAAGGCCGUGCGCAGGCUCUACCGCGAGCUUGGCUGCGGCGACCUUUUCGCCGAUCCGACCAUCACGCGCAGUAGCAAUUGCGGCGACCGUAGUGGUGCUGCGGCGCCCGGUAGGAGCGAGCUUGUGUACUGGGCGGGCCCGGGGAAGGCGCUGAAGCUGGUCCGCAUUGCGUCUCUGGUGGGCCAGAGGAAACUGCGGAAAUACAUUAUCCUCGGCGAGAAGCCCACCUUCCCGCACCACCUCGUGACUAUCCGCCGCACCCCCGAGAGCAACAUCCUCACCCCCCGUGCCUCCGCCGAGGACGAAGACGAGCCCGAAGACCCCGCCCCAGGCUCACUAACAUACUGGGUGCUCGACGCCGCCGCCAGCACCAUCAUGCCCUCGCACUCCGUCGACUACACCCCGUCCACAGCCCGCCUGUCAGACUACUACAUCAGCUCCUCCUGCACAGCAUGGGACAUUGACCGCGACCUAAUUGCCCAGCUCCUCGUCUGGGAAUACUCCGUCGCCGACCCCUCGUCCCCCUCCGACCUCGCCGACCCCGCAACCACCUACCAGAAGCUCGAGUUCCGCUACGGCGCCCAGACCUGCCUCGUCGACCACUUCUGCGGCCACAGCAGCAGCCGCGACCCACAAGUCUGCUUCGCGGGCCUCCCCGGCGACCAGCAGGGCGUCGCCGUGCGCGCCCUCUUUCCACAGACCCUCUUCUUCUACGAGCCGUUCGGCGGCACGCCGACCCUCCCCGCCGCUGCCACGGCCCCGUCGUGGAGCACGGCGCCAGAGACGCCGCCGCACGACCCGGCGUACCGGCAGCUGUAUCAGCCGCGGGUGACAAUCGUGUCGCUGGCAGACAUUGCGGCGCGCCAUCUCAAGGCCGUGUUGAAGGGCGGGACGCCCGAGUUCUCGCGCUGCCAUAGUACGUUUCUGGGUGUGCGGCGGCCGGUGCGGUUUGCGGCGGGGGAGCGCCAGAGGCUGGCGAGGGUGUGUACGGUUGCGUUUGGCGCGGCGGAGAAGAGGUCGAGGAUGUAUCAUCUGUUUGUGGUGGAGCUGGACCCGGCGGUGAGGGGGCAGAGGGUGAGGGCGGCGAAGGCGCUGGGUGGGGGCGCGGUGUUUGCGUGGGAGGGGAUGGGAGCGUGGACGGAUGAGGAGCUGUUUGGGAGGGCGGUGGAGAGGGUGUUGGGGAGGGGUGGGGGCGGCGGCGGGGACCAUGUGUGUGGGGGGGAGUGUGAGGAGUGGUGUGGGGGUGCGGUGAGGGUGCUGACGAGGUUCUGUAGGGGCGGGCCGGUGAGGGUGGUGAAGAUGGUGGAGACGGGGCUGGCCUUGGCUGGGUGGGGAGUCAUUGGUCGACGUUGGGAGUGA